CCCGCUCCCUGGACCAGAAUGCUAUGCAGCAAGAUGGCUGCAGGGGAGGAGAGCAUGGAGGACCGAGACUUCCGGGUGCUCAUGGAAUACGCCCAUGGAUUCAUGAUCUCACAGGUCGUGUUCGCAGCCUGUGAGCUGGGCGUUUUCGAUGCUGUGGCAGGCCCAUGUGGUGCAGAUGCAGGAACCGUCGCCCGGGUUGUAGGUUCGAGUCCUGAAGCGACCCGGCUGCUGCUGGACACAUGCACAGCUCUGGGGCUGCUGCAGGCAGACGCAGCUGGUGCCUACAGCAACACCCGCAUUGCUUCCUCGCUACUGGUCACAGGCAGCCCCCGGUCUCAGCGCCACAUGAUGCUGUACCUGGCUGGGACGACCUACCACUGUUGGGGUCAGCUGGCUCGGGCUGUGAGGGAAGGACGGAGCCAGUACGAGAGCGCUGUGGGCGUGGCCACCGAGGAGCCAUUCGAGGCCAUCUACAGGUCUGAGGCAGAGAGGCUGCUGUUCAUGCGUGCCCUGCAGGAGACCUGGAGCAUCUGCGGAGCGCGGGCCCUCACGGCCUUUGACCUCUCCAACUUCCGGGUCAUCUGCGAUGUCGGCGGAGGAUCAGGAGCACUGGCCCGGGAGUUCGCCCGCAUCUAUCCUGACAGCAACAUCACUGUGUUCGACACACCAGAGGUGGUGGCUGCGGCGCAGACUCACUUCCUGUCCCCCACGGGGUCAAGGCCUAGCAUCCAAUUCUGCGGAGGUGACUUCUUCCGGUGCCGCCUCCCUUGUGCCCACCUAUACAUCCUGGCGCGUAUCCUGCAUGACUGGACAGAUGAGGCCUGCAUAGAGCUUCUGGGUCGAGUGUGCUUGGCGGGUGGGCCAGGGUCCGCAGUGCUGCUGGUGGAGGCCACUCUGGCUGAGGAUGCCCGCGGACCACUCCCCACACUGCUGCUGUCUCUCAAUAUGACUGUGCAGACCAGGGGGCGCGAGCGCACUCAGGCCCAGUACCGCGCCAUGGCCGCCGCUGCUGGGUUUUCCACACUUCCGGGCGACAGGUGUGGGGAUGGAGGGAGGGGGCGGGUGGGGGCCCUAUGUGACCAUGCUCGCAUGGAAGUGACAUCACACACCAACAACAUGCAUCCUGCCGGAGAGGGGACAGAAAUUGACAUCACACAUAUUGGUAUGGAUGAACAUGAUAUCGUCCGCCCUCCCCCACCCCACCCCCAUCCCCAGGAGUGGCUUCAAUAA